AAAGAAAGAUAAGUCCUAAAUUAGGGGGUUUAAUAAUGAAGGCAGUGAGUGUUGGGAAUUGGGUCCAAAGAUAUGGCAGGCAAGUUGCAAAGGCACCAACAGUGGCCGGUGUUGUCGUCGUCAGUAAAAUUUCAUUGUUUUGAAUUUUAUCGAUAAAAAGUACAGUCACAUAUUUUCUGAUAUUAGUAGGGGUCCUUUGAACACUCAAUGACCUUGACUGUCUUCAUUCAUCCGCCCUUGUUUAACACACCAAGUGAGUGAGUUUAUCCAUUCUUCGGCAUGGAUGGACUGAUGGGUGUUUUCUUUCUCUUUAGUUUAUUUUAUCUUCACCCAGGGAUGCAGUAGGAGCUAUAUAGUAGCCUCACAUAAUAUACUUCACAAGCAAGGACUCUGGUUUCGUUUGCGUCUUCAAACUCAAUAGCUCCUUCAAGUUGUGCACCCAAAGAACUGUUGUUGGUCUUAAAGAGCUCCAAAGAUUUCAUCCUAAGUGGUUUUGGUGAAGUUACUUUUAAUCUACAGAAUUGUUGUUGGCCUUGAGAAGUUACGAAGCCUCCAUCUUUAGUACUUUUGGUGAAGUUGAUUUGAACCAAAGAAUUGUUGCUGGUCUUGAGGAAGCUCCAAGGGCUCCCUCUUAAGUGGUUUUGCUGAAGUUACCAUUAUCCCAAAUAAUGCUGGGUAUGCCAAUGAGAUUUUAGAUAAAAAUGGGUUUCGCAAGGUCGUUCUAACUAGGGAAGGAUUCCGAAAAAGUGCGCCCUCAAUGAGCAAGAUGUUGAGUAGAAAUCUUGAGACUCGCCCUCCCCAUCUCAAUCUCAAACUUGUUCAGCCCAACAGCCCUCAAAAUCAAGUUAUUAACAAGAGAUUCUAUGGAAGAAGUGAAUUUCAGACUGAACCCACUUCAGUUCUUGACAUUCGCAGCCCGAGCCCUACCUCUACUCUAUCUUGUUCUUUUGGGGCGUCAACAGAUGGUGCCCUUUUUCGGGAAAAUGUGUGUGAUGUGCAACCAUUGGAUUACCUUAAUUUAAUGGAUUCCAAGGAUGCAGUUGUUUGGCAAAUCCAAAGUAUGAAUGGAAAUGCGGAUGAAUUUCAACCUGCUGAAACAGAGAAUGCCAAUGCCAAUGUAUCAAUGGGAAUGGAAGAUUUGGAGAGCAUUCUGUUGGAGUCCCCAAGCAAUGAGUCUAACAAUAAUUCCCAAUUGCCUUGUUUAAUGGGGGAGGGUGAGUAUCCUAUGCAUGAAAUCAAAGCUGAACCUGGCCUUCAACAGCCAGAGUUCAAUGAGACCAUGGAUACCCACUUUUCUGAAGAUCUCUAUAAUAAUACAGAAGCUAACCCUUUGGCCUUCUUUGGAGACAUGAUUGGGAACCCACUUCCUCCAUACUCAUCUUCAGCUGCUAUGUGUCCACUGAGUUCUGCAUUCAACAUCCAUUUCCCUAACCCCACCUCCCAGUUUAGCCCUGAUUUCAACUCCUUCAAGAUGCCUAUGGAUGAAAAACCUUUGCAUCUUCCAUAUAAUGCUACCCAGACUUAUCCUGAGAAAAAUGUUAUUUUUUCUAUGCCUGAUGGAGCUCAAGGUUAUAUGGGCACGCCUUACGCAGGCUUUCCAGAUCUUCAGAAGUCAUUACAGUGGCAACAGUUACAACACCAGGAUGUUCAACCUUCAUGGAAAGGUAUGAUUCAUAGAGGCUUCAGAAACCCAUUACUGCCCACAGGAAAAGCAGAGUGCUCUCCGCUAAGUAUCAAAUGCAAGGUAGAGUCAGAGGAGGUUCAAGAUAUGUCAAUGGUAAAGCAACUUCUUGAGGCUGCAAAGUGUGCAGAAAUAGGCAGUAUAGAAAUUGCACAGGCGAUAUUGGCGCGGCUCAAUCAGUACCUUUCCCCUCAUGGGAAGCCACUUCAGAGGGCAUCAUAUUAUUUAAAAGAGGCACUUAGCGGCCUUAUAUCACUGCAGCAGAGUCAAGCAAAUUCAUAUGUUUCUCCUUUCCAACUAGUUCAGAAGAUCAGUGCAUGUAAAACUUUUUCUGAAUAUUCGCCAAUCUCACAAUUUGCAACUUUUACUGCUAAUCAAGUUCUUCUGGAGGCUUUGGAAAAUGCAGAGAGGAUUCAUAUCAUUGAUUUUGAUAUGGGCAUUGGAGGACAAUGGGCCUCUUUCUUACAAGAGAUUGCAUUGAGGCCAGGAGGACCUCCAGCUCUAAGGUUGACAGCAGUAGGCCACGAAUCAAUGGAAAUGCAUCUGAUAAGAGAUAAUCUGUGCAGUUUUGCAGAAAAAUUGAAUAUACCAUUCACUUUUCAGAUUGUUGAAGUUCCCCAGAAUGAAUAUCUGACUGUUUCAAUGUUACAUCUAAAAGAAGAAGAGACCGUAGCAGUCAAUUAUUCUCUUUGGAUGCAGGGUUUACUUUCAAAAGACUUUGUAACUAACCUUUUGAAUCUGAUUAAACAGAUAUAUCCAAAGGUAGUGGUGGUUGUGGACAAUGAGAAUGAACAAAAUGGAGCUUCAUUUGCACAGAAAUACCUUGAGGCUCUUCAUUUCUAUGCUCUUGUAUUUGAAUCUCUUGAGGUUGUGAACAUGAAUAUGGAGAGCGUUGAGAUGAUAGAAAAAUUUGUUAUGGCACCUAGGAUCUGUGAUGUUGUAGAAUCAGCUUAUAAGAGACAAAGAGAAGGAGAGAAACUUCCUUAUUGGAGAAACAUGUUCAUUUCUGCAGGUUUCUCUCCGUUGGUGAUGAGUAACUUCACCCAAAAACAGGCAGAAUUCCUAAGUAGGAACAGACAACUACGAUUUGGGCAUUGCUUUGAAGCAAUAAAGAAGCAACAAGAGCAAAUUCUCCUCCUUGGUUGGCAACGACGAGCCCUUGUGUCUGUCUCUGCUUGGAGAUGUAAUGUUGUUUAAUCAUGUAUCAUCUAUGCACAUUAUAUUCUACUACAAUCGGAGGGUCUCUUGAUUUUGCUGUGGCCAUGCAAAUUCCUCAUCAAAAUGGUGAAGGAAAGAUUUGGUCUAACACUUUUGGUUACUGGUUCUAUGAGAUAAUUUGUGCCCCUCCAUUAAACUUUCUGCAAAGACCCCUUUCUUUGCUUCUCAUUAACACUUUGUUUUGAUCUCGUGACAAAGUUCAGAAAUGCUUUACUUUCAAACUUGUCUUUAAAUGCGAAACUGGGGCUUGAUGCCUAAUUUUGUUAGACAAGUCAUUGUCUGAACCUUAAGCCUAAUGUUAGACAUUAUUUCUUGUUAAAAUGGUUCUCAUAGCAAUUCUUUUUCAUGUUUACACUGUUCCAAUCUGUCUCACCGCGGUCUGGGAGAAGUUGGGGUGGUUGCAGAGAAAUCUUGUAGGCAUGUUUACCAAGUGAAUCCAAUUUAUGAGAAUGAAUUCAGGUGCAA